UGAUAAUAAUAGUAUCUUGUGAGUAGGAGGAGGUGGGGCGCAGGAUUGGGCGUGAAGCGAGCCUUGGACUGGAUCCGAGUUGGGCGAGGAAAGGGCUGAACUUGUCCCGCCUGGAGCCCCCUCCCCAAAGACCCACCUCCUUCCUUCCUUCCUUCCCUCUUUCCCUCCCACUCACAAGCGAAGAACUUGGAGAGAGAGAGAGAGAAAGAGAAGCUGGAAGCAGAAGGACCCCUUCCUCCUCCUCCUCCUCCUUCCUGAGAAGAGCCUUGGGGCGCCUACAGCAGCGCCCCUUUGCUGGGCCGGGGUCUGCAGGAGGGGACCCCCUUUGUUUUCCCUUCCCUUCCUCCCUGCUUUGGAGGCGAAGAGCCCAAGCAAGCCUUGCACAAGCUCAGUGGAGUGAGGAGCAGAGAGGCAGGAGCCAGAGCAGCCCGGCCGGCGCCGGCAGAAUGAGCCAGCGUGGGCUCAGUGCGGCAUCUCUCCCCCUCCUUUGCUUCCUCCUCCUUUUCCUCUCUCCUCCUCCUCCUUCUUUCUGCCUUUCCUGGGGUCCGAGAUGAGCCCCCCGGGCCCGGAGGAAGCUCCUCUCUCCCGCAAGCAGCGCCUGAUGGCUGCGGUGGUGGAGGAGGAGGAAAGGCGAGAGGGAGGAAGAGCCAAUGCCUUGGGGUCUUCUCCUUCUCUUCCUUCACCUCCUUCUCUUGGAGGGUCUCCUGACUCUUGGCUGCGCUGCUUCGUCUGUGGCGGGGGGAUCCGAAGAGGCCGAGAGCUCAAGCUGCAAGUCCAGGCUCCUCGUGGCUCUUCCUCUUCAUCCUCUUCUUCCUCUCCUUUCUUCCCCUUUUUGCGGCACCAGGACCCUGCCCCGGGGGCCCAGGCGGUGAGCAGUGAGGGCACGGCUCUGGUUUGUGCCGUGUGUCGCUGCUUCCUCACCGAGCAGUGGGACGCCUUCGAAAGGAGCCGGACCCCCGUCGAGAAGCGGCUCUAUUGGCUCAAGAGGCCCCACCAAGGAGAAACCGGGCCGCCCGGAGGACCCUCAGCGGGACCCCAAGACUGGGACUUCGAAGGCGGAGGAGCAGGUGAGGAAGAGGAAGAGGAAGAAGAAGAGGAGAAAGAGGCCCCUUUCCUGGACUCGGAGCUGUCCUCGCUUUCCGAGACCGAACCGCCUUGGGACGAGCCUUGGAGCCGAGAGAGGAAGGUGGGAGCACCCCAAGACGGGCUGGUCCCCAAGAAGGAGAGGAAGAGGCCGCAACCGCUCUUGGCAGGAGAGCGAGAGCUGAGCAAGCACACCUUUGCCAAAGGAGGAAGAGGAAGAGGAGAAGGAGGAAGCCAGGUGAGCAAGGCUUCCUUCCAGGAAGAGAGUCAAGAGGUCAACAUCACGAGUGACAACGAGCACAAGGUCAUGAAUGGCUCCAGGCAUCCACCAUUGCCGUCUCUUCCUUCCUCGAUGCAAGCGUUGUCCACGUCAGGGCCAAGCGAAGUGGCCUGCUAUGUCUGUGGGACUCUCCUCCCACCGGGUGCCCGUCACCGGCUCCACGUCCAGAAGCAGGAGCAGGCCUCAGGGGCGCCUUUCUUCCCCUUCCUAUGGCUCCACAGCCCCCCGCCAGGCGCCCUGCCCAUCAGUCCCACCACCGGCACCACGGUCGCUUGUUCCGCCUGCGCCGCAUCCUUGGCACAGCAGUGGCAGGGCUUCCAAGCGGCCGGCGUGCCUGUCCUGCAGCGCCUCUAUGUGGUGCCCUUGGACCCAGCUGCCAAGCCACGGGCGGCAACCCCACGGCGAGAGGCCUGCUAUCUCUGCGGGGAGGAAUAUGCUGCCGAGGAGGGCCACCCUGUCCCAGCAAAGGUCCUCAACGGCGACACUGAGGCCACCAUGCACUUCCCCUUCCUCCGGCUCCUGCCCUGCCCACCCAACGCCAAGGGUCCCGACAAGCGCUGGGAGGUGCGCAGCUGCCCCAAGUGCUAUGGCGUCCUGCGCGACCUGUGGGCCAUGUACCGUGCCUCCCGCAAUGAGGACUUCAUCACCUCCGUCCAGAGCUUCCUGGGCAGGUAUCACCGGGUCUUUGCAAGCAUGGAGUCCGGGCACAACGCUGUCAUCACAUCCAGGCACUCUGUUUUGACCAAACAGGGCCCAGUGUCUAUUUGUUACAUUUGUGGGGCCGAAUUAGGACCACCACCAUUGGGUAAGGAGUGCCAGCUGAGUGUCAACCCUCCAGGCCGCUUUGGCGAGAAGGAGCCCUUUUUCCCCUUCCUGACGGUGUACCCACCGGCACCUCGGGCCCGUCCGGCCGACUCUACGGGCACUGUGUUGGCCUGCGUGCUGUGCCACCACGACCUGCUGGGCCAGUGGAUCCAGUACGAGAGCAGCCACGUGCCACACCCCAGCAGCCCCUGGUCCAGGCAGUACAAAGUAGAGGCCUUCGUCUGCUUCUUCUGCCGGCAAGAGAGGAAGCGGUGCCUGGGAUUAAAAGCUGUGGAGGUUGCCCGCCUGCCUGUCUUCCUUUGCUCCUUCCGGGCACCUGGUAGUCUGCUGGUGGACGACGGUAAGCGGCUGACCAUUGGAGCAUGCCCAGAGUGUGCUGCUCUGGUGCUGGCGGGCAAAGCGGCUGUGCCCCAGGACCUUUGUGCAACACCGGCGUCUCUCCAAAAGACCCCAGCAGCCUUUCCUUUGGAAGCUUCUGUGCUGAAGCUUCCUGCGAGUGAAGUCGCACCGCGCACAUCAGAGGCCACAGCGCCAGGAAACGGAUCCAUUCAGGAUUACAGGUCCGGCUUGGAUGUGGAAAGCCCAGUCCAGACAGCCACAAGCAUGAGCCAUGAGCCAAAGUCACCUUCGCUAGGGAUGCUCUCCACCGCGACCCGGACCACGGCCACCGUCAGCCCCCUGACCCCUUCUCCUCUCAAUGGCUCCCUGGUGCCCAGUGGCAGUCCGGCAGCCACCAGCACUUUGCCAGUCCAGCCCGCACCCUCCUCCAGCUUUGCUGCCGCCCUGCGCAAGCUUGCCAAACAGGCCGAGGAACCCAGAGGAUCGUCAAUAAGCAGCGAGUCUUCUCCAGUUUCCUCACCGGCCACCAACCACAGCUCCCCUGCGAGCACGCCUAAGCGAGGACCGAUGGGGCCACUCAUUGUCCCGCCGGGGGGACACACUGUGCCGAGCACGCCGCCCGUCGUGACCAUUGCACCCACCAAAACUGUGAACGGCGUCUGGAGAAGUGAAGGACGGCAGCAAGAAGCUGGGUCACGAAGCUCUGCAGGAAACAGCAGCACGAACAGGGACCGCCUGAUUGCAGAGGCGCCGGUGCCCCAGGAGAAAGCCGCUGCCCCUCCGGUUCCUUCUCACUUACUUGGGACGCCUUACUCCUUCGGGAUCCCUCCCAACUCCAUUGUGCAGGACUCCCGCUUCCCGCCUCUCAACAGCCUCCAGCGGCAUGUCCACCACGUGGUGCCUCCCAGCGCAGUCACGGAAGACUACCUGCGCAGCUUCCGGCCCUAUCAUACAGCCGAGGAGCUCCGCAUGUCCUCCUUGCCUCCCAUUGCCCUGGAUCCGGCCACUGCUGCUGCCUACUACCACCCCAGCUAUCUAGCUCACCAUCCGUUUCCUCACCCGGCCUUCAGGAUGGAUGAUUCCUACUGCCUUUCAGCUCUACGCUCGCCUUUUUAUCCGAUUCCAACUCCUGGCUCACUUCCGCCUCUGCACCCAUCAGCCAUGCACCUCCACUUGUCCGGCGUGAGGUAUCCCACCGAACUGUCUCACUCGUCUCUCUCUGCACUACAAUCUGAACGCAUAUCCAGCCUGACCGCAGAGAGAUUGCAGAUGGAUGAGGAGCUGCGGCAGCGGGAACGCGAGAAGGAAAGAGAACGAGAAGCUGAUCGCGAACGAGAGAGGGAACGGGAGAGGGAACGCGAGCGGGAAAAGGAGAUGGAACGGGAGCGAGAGAAGGAGAGGGAACGGGAGAGAGAGCGGGAGCGGGAGCUGGAACGGCAGCGGGAGAGGGCCCGGGAGAAAGAACAGAGCAUUGUCAAAGCCAUGGAAGGCCCCUUCCUUCCAGCGUUGGAGCUACAAGGGAUGAGGAGCCACCCACCGGAAGAGCGUGUCAAACCGUCUGAGCAGCUAACGCCAAACCGAGCAGAGAAGCCCAAGGAUUCUCCUGCAAUCCAGACCCUCAAACCAGUCCAGCAUCCUUUGCACCCGUCUUCUGCCUCACACCACCCAGUGCCCAGCCUCAUCCCCAACCACAGCCUCUUCCCUUUGCCCGGAAGCAGCACGGCCACAGCCCUCCUCAUCCAGCGCACCAACGAGGAAGAAAAAUGGUUGGCGCGGCAGCGGCGGUUGCGGCAGGAGAAGGAAGACCGCCAGUCCCAGGUCUCAGAGUUCCGGCAGCAAGUGCUGGAGCAGCAUUUGGAUAUUGGUCGCCCACCUGGACAGAUAGAAGUCGAGCACCGGCCAGAGAACCUCCGAUUGGGACCAAACCGCUCUGAGGCAAGUAGCCGAGACCCACCGCAGCAUUUUGGAGGUCCCCCUCCUCUCAUCUCCCCGAAGCCGCAGCACCAUCCUGUCCCCACCUCUCUCUGGAACCCUGUCUCCUUGAUUGACAACAACACCGAAUCCCGAAGGGUGCAGGAAAGCCACCCUCUCCAAAGCCAUGCCAGCCAGUUUGAGCCCAGCCGGCAAGCCAUCCCCCUGGUGAAAGUGGAGCGGGUCUAUUGUCCAGAGAAAGCAGAGGAAGGUGCCAGGAAAAAGGACGCCUUGGACAAGUAUCCGCCGACCAGAGAGCCUGGAGGUUUAGAACAUAGUGGCUUUUCCCAUGGACCCUUCUUAGCAGAACUGGAGAAGUCCACGCAAAGCAUUUUGAACCAGCAAAGGGCAGCCCAUUCACAGACUGGACCAUUAGUUGACACCUUGACCAGUAAACCCGCCUCGCCUUAUAGGCAUCCUUUACUCCGGGGCCACGACCCCAUGUAUGUUUACGAUGAAUUCUUGCAACAGCACCGCAAGCUGGUCAGCAAACUGGAUCUGGAGGAGAAGAGACGGAGGGAAGCCCAAGAGAAAGGUUACUAUUAUGAUCUAGAUGACUCCUAUGAUGAGAGCGAUGAAGAGGAAGUACGAGCCCACCUACGUUGCGUUGCAGAGCAGCCCCCUUUGAAGCUGGACACCUCUUCGGAAAAACUAGAGUUCUUGCAGCUCUUUGGGCUGACCACCCAGCAACAGAAGGAGGAAUUGCUGGUCCAGAAACGGAGGAAAAGGCGGCGAAUGCUGCGAGAAAGGAGUCCUUCCCCACCAAUUGUCCAGAAUAAACGCCGGACGCCUUCUCCACGGUUCGUGCUUUCAACACGUUACAGCCCAGAUGAGAUGAACUGCAGUCCCAACUUCGAGGAGAAAAAGAGGUUUCUCACCACAUUCAACUUAACUCACAUCACUGCUGAGAAAAGGAAAGAUAAAGAAAAACUAGUGGAAAUGUUCCAUGCCAUGAAACAAAAAAGUGCCUCCAUAGCAGCAUCAGUGAAAAGCUCCCCACAGGACAGUCCUAGCAUUGCUCAAGCUGAGCCACAAGUACAGCCAACUGUAGUGGAGUCAGACAAACCAGCCAGCAUGGCUGCCCCUUCUCUGCCAGACACCCCGAAGACCGUGGAGCCCUGCAGGACAGACCAGCUGCGGCCGCAUGAGUUCCUGAGAGCCAAGGAGCCAGUUUCGGUCUCUGUUGAGAAGCCCAAGUUGAGCGAUGGGCACGUGGCCAAGAAAAGCCUGAGCAUCCUCAAUUAUGUCCGGAGCUCUUUGCCGAAGGACGUCCCUGUGCCACUGUCACACAGCAUGAAUGGGAAGAACAAGCCAUGGGAGCCCUUCAUAGCCGAGGAGUUUGCACAUCAGUUUCACGAGUCGGUGCUGCAGUCCACACAGAAAGCACUGCAGAAACACAAAGGUAAUGCAACGGUGCACUCAGCAGAGCAGAACCAUAAGGUUGAUGCCUCCAUCCAUUAUAACAUUCCGGAAUUGCAAACCUCAAGCUGGGUGUCUCUGUCGCAGCAGAAUGGCCAGAGAGCUUCCCAGCAUAAGGGCUUCAAUCCCCCAGAAAAUGACAAGACAUCAGAUUCUGAAGAAGAGGAGGAUGAGGAAGAAGAGGAAGAGCAGCCAAGACCCAAAUGGCAUGGGAUUGAAGCCAUCUUUGAGGCUUACCAGGAACAUAUAGAAGAGCAAAACCUGGAACGGCAGGUGCUGCAAACGCAGUGCAGACGCUUGGAGGCCCAGCACUACAGUCUCAGCCUGACAGCAGAGCAGCUCUCACACACCAUGACGGAACUAAGGAACCAGAAGCAGAAGAUUGUCUCGGAAAGGGAACGACUUCAGGCCGAACUAGAUCACUUGCGAAAGUGCCUUGCGUUACCUGCAAUGCAGUGGUCUAGGAGUUAUUUCAAGGGGUAUCCCAGGUGACACUCCCUUGCACUAGGCCCAACACAUAGUAUAGAAAUAAUAAUAAUAAUAAUCUAUUUUAUUACCAGGAAUAUUUAAUAUUUUUCACUGGGAGGUUUGAAGUUUAAAAAAAUAAAAUAAAAUAAAAUGAAAGAGAAUGUGCCAUGCAUGGAGCAAAGGAUUGUGGGAUCCAGGAGAAACCCAAACCCAUCUCUUGAAAAGAUGCAACUGAAUCUUUAUACAAAUCUGCAAAUAAACCCAUUUAGAAGAAGACCUCUAGUUUUGGUGAGACAUUCAAAAGGUUGUUUUCCUUCUAUUUCCUCUCCUUCCUCGGUUUUGAAUCCAGAGGUUCCCCCAAUGACACUAACACCCGCCUCUCAUCCAUUGAAGGGGCUGGAAUCACCUUCCUUUUCGUUGCCAUAUUAGUUCAGCUGUUGUCCUUUGGGAUCUGAUCCUUCCCUUUGUUCUCCAAUACACUGUUUGUUGUCAAUCCAAGAGGACACCAAGUACACAUCAGUUUCUGUUAGAAUGAACUGGAUAUUUUGGAUACAGGAAUGAUUAUUUGCAGAUCAAUAGCAGUAGCAGACAGAAGACCGUGCCGCGUCCAAACAUGACUUCCCAUGCAUCAAUCAGCUUUUGGCUGGAAAUGCACUUCACACACAAAAAUUAAACGUGAAUGACUCAACGGAAGGUACCUUUUAUUUCUGGGGAGAGGGGAGGAUGUGCAGAAGAGGGACGAUACGGCAGACAAUACACACAGAUAACGUACCCCAAUGGGUGGUGGAAUUUUCAUACCAAGGUUUUGCAAUUAAAAGAGUUGAAAAAAAGGUGCUUCGGAGCCUUGUACUGUGUACAUAUUUAAGAUGUUUUGUAUGUUUUUAUUACUUUUUAAUUAUUGUUAUAAAAAAGCUUGCCAUUUUCAA